AUGGAUUUACCAAUACCUCCAAAUACAACAGAUCUAGACAGAUUAGAGCUAGAAAAGCUAGAUGAACGGUUAAUAUUGAAGGAUAAGAAAUGGUAUAUUAUAAUGAAUGGUAUUGAGUAUGAAUAUAACAACAAGCAGAAAAGAUGGAUUGAAUUAAACGAUGAUGAUGAUGAUGAUGAUGAUUUAAAUAAACAAGAUAUAAAGAAAUUAAAGAAAGAUAAACUACUGGAAAUAAAGAAAGAAGUAAAUGAGUUGAAAGGUUUCAAGAAACAACUGAGUGGUGUGUUUAUAAGUAAUCUACCAAAAACUAAUAUAACGGAACUCGAAGACUUAUUCACUAAAUAUGGUAAGAUUAAAGAAGAUGGGAUCAAAUUAUACUAUGAUGGUGAGAAAUUCAAAGGAGAGGCUUUAGUGGUUUAUACUAAUCAUGAGAGUUGUGAUAUUGCAAUUGAAAUGCUAGAUCAUACAAAGUACAAGAAUCAAAUUAUUAAAGUUGAAAUUGCAAAAUUUUCAAAUGAACCUCGACUACUAAUUAAAAAUAUGUUUAGAAAGUUAGAUGAUCAGUUGAAAGAGGAUAUAAUCACUGAUUUGAAUGAAGAAGUGCUGUUGCUUGUUGAUAACUCACAUUUAUUGGAUAUAAAAUUCAAAAAUGAAACUAUAAUUUUAAAAUUUGAUGAUUUGCAAAGUUGUGAAAUGGUAAAUAAUAAAUUUAACAAUCGAUAUUAUGAUGGAUUGAAACUUGAGACUAAGAUAAUAUAA